AUGAGAAAUAAUUUUAUAAAACAUACAUUAUGUACAUAUUUAUCAUUAUUGUUGAAUACACGCAAUGAACAUGCACUUGUACAUUGUCUUGUUACACCUGCAUACAAUGGUAUUGAACAAGAAAUAAUUGUUGAAUUGAGACGUUUAUCAAAAUUAUCAAAAAAUGAAUGUUUAACAAUAUAUCAAAUUCUUCUUUCAUUUCUUCGACGUAAAGAAUUAAUAUUAAAUCGUAUAUCAUCAUCAUUACAACAAGAUUUCAUAAAUAAUGAUGAUAAAUCAUUUCAUAUAUUUGAUAAAUAUUAUAUUAGUAUAAAAGAAUUUUUUGAUUUUAUCGAACAAUUACAAAUGAUAAUUGAAGAGAAUGAACAUUUAAAAAUUGAAUCAAUUGUAACUUUUCGUAAAUUAUUAGAAUUAAUUUUAAAACAAUUACGUAAAGAUAUAUCAUUUAAUCAAAAUGAUUUAAUAAUAAAAGAAAUUAUUGAAGAAUUUUGUCAAUGUUUUCAAACAACACAACUAUUUAUGACUUGUACAUCACCAAUUCGAUCUACAUCAUCUGGUGCUACAUUAUUAGCUGGUCGUCGUUUUCUUCGAUCAAUCGCUUAUGUAUGUGCUAAACAAAUAGUAGAUUUACCUGUAUUUAUUGAAAAUAACGAUAAUUAUGAGAAUGUUACAACUAGAUCAACAACAGCAACUUCUUCUCGUCUUUUACGAAGUCCUUUGAGACUAUCAUCGAUUGUAACUGACCAAACAACAGACGUAUUUCUUGAAGAAAAAGUAGUUAACUUUUCUAUGGAAUCAAUAUUUAUUGGCCAAUCGAACACUAAAGAAAAAACUCUUGAUCAGUUAGAACAAACAUUAUCAAAUAAAAAUCAAUAUCGACAAAUUAAAUCACAUCGAAGUCUUAAAUUAUCAACAAUUCAUGAAACAAGUUUCGAAUCCGAUUCAAUUAUAAAUGAUCAAACUGAUCAUUCAAUUAUUUCUGAUAAUAAUAUUCAAUUACAAUCGACUAAAAAACGACACCCAUUACAAGAAAUCGAUAUAAAUUCAUUUAAUGAUGAAGAACGAAAAACUGAAAAUGAAAAAAAUCUUUAUCAAAAUUCAAUAGUAUUAGCAUUAGCAAGUGAUAAUGAUCAAGAAAAUUUACCGAUAACAAUAAAAAAACGAUCAAUAACAUCAACAAAAAUUGAGCCACCUAACAAAAAACAAAAAAAAAAUCAAAUGUAAAAAUAUCCGUAGCUAGAAAACAAAUGUUUACUAGUUUUUUUUUUCAAUCGAUAAAUUAAUUUAUCGAAAAAGAAUUAUUUUCUUUCUAUUCUGUUAUUUAAUUUUCCUAUUUUUUUUUGUUACUGUUAAAUAUUAUAUAUUUGAAAAUGUCAGAUAUACCAUUUAGAUAAGCUAAAUGAUAUUACUCAGUUGAAUAUGUUUGAUAUUAUCUAUAUAUAUAUAUAGAAUUAGAUAAUUUAUAUUUGAUUCGUGCUAUUUUUUUUAAGAGAAAUUUUUUUUUCUUUACUAUUGUUCUCUUUCUUUUCUUUGUAUCUCAAGUUCUGUUAACAAGUAUGAAGGUUAUUUUUUGAUACGCUAAAAAAAAAUAAAAUAAAAGUUAAAUUUGUAACAUAGAAAAACAAAUAUUCUUGAUCAAGUUUGAUGUCUGUUUUUCAAAUAUUGUAUAAAGAUUUUCACAUAUCAUGGUUAAAACAUCAACAUAGGAACCUCUGC